AUGCAGCGGCUCCUGCUGACCCUGGGCCUGGCCUCCGUCCUGCAUGCCAUGGAGCUGCUCCCCGCCCAGCCUGAGGAGCUUGUAGGAAAGUGGCACAUUCUGCUUUGGAUGGGGAGCCCCAUAAUUCCUGGCCUUAUGAUGACCAGCCCCCCGCCACCACAAAUGACCCACUCUCUGCCGCCCUUUUGGAUGGAGCUCUCCAAAGAAGGCUUGAUGAUCAAGGUAAAACUCAGGCAGCCCUCCGGCCACUGUGAGGAGAUGAAGACCACACUGUGGAAAACAGACGACCCCACCAAGUUCAUGGCCGACCGCGCCCUUCCCCCAGAGAAGCAGCAGGCCGUCCACAUUUGGGCCACGAGGAUGAAGAUGUACUACAUCAUGCACACCCAGGAGAAGAUGAAGGACAAGACCAUGCACAUGACGAUGCUGAUAGGCCCCACCAUGGAAAAGAAACCAGAGGCGGUGAAGAUGUUCCAGGAGUUUGUGGAGAGUGAAGGGAUGGACAAAGCCAGGGUCAUGGCCCCUUCUCCCACUGGUAAUGACCGGCGGCUCCGGCUCCCCUAUUUCCAGCGGGGUGCAGCCCCUCCGGAUCCCUGCAUGGCCCACCAUCGCUGA